ACGAAAAUAUUUCUCGAAUUUUUUCGUUUUAUUUACGUCCGUCGAACCUGGUAAACUAGUUAUGCCCGAGACGGGUAAGUAACCUGCAUUUUUGUUUUCAUUAUGCUUAUCACACUACAGGUUUUAAUACCUGUCCAACAAACACAACCUCGCCCGUGUAAGCGCACGUAACAAGAUCCAUAAAAAGUAGGUAUGAGAAGAUUGCAGUGCUAUCGAACGGACUCGAGUGUUUUCCCGCCGAACUAGUAUGCUAAUGGCUGUCUCGUUAAUCUAGUCGACGAUGACCACUACGUCACCGAUCAUCUUCUCAAUCGAGCGGUAUCGCUUAGACCUCUUUAAACAAACGACGAGUUUGAAAACAUAAAAACAACAACACAAGGAAAACAGACGUCAACGGUGUUUGACCACUCGUAUAUAACCAGGCGACGCAUUGCUUGACCCGCGCUUUAUCCGCGAAAAACCCAUCUACUCACACAAUUAGUUUAAAGGUUCGAGAUAAUUUGAGGGAAAAAAAGUCUUAAGUGCUUCCGAACGUUAUUUAUAAAAUAGUUCAUUUAUUGGUGGUUAGUGUGCCGGCUAGUUUGUUGCGACCGAGCUCUCGGUGGGAUCAGUGCAGUCCGUAUUUCGAGACAGUGAUGAAAACAAUUAAUAAUGUUCAAGUUUUUAAUAACCGUGACUGUGCUCCUGCAAUCAUUGCUGCUCACGGAAUGCUUAUAUUCCGGAGACAAAUGCACAGUUGCUGAGGGUGCAGGCCGUUGUCUACCCCUGAUAGACUGCAAACCAAUCGUCCGAGAGAUCAAGAAAGCGGGCAGCCCUAUGCCUCUGUUCAUGAGGAAGAAGCUACAGCUGCUGACCUGUGGUUUUGAAUCACACGAACCUAUGGUUUGUUGCUUGUCAUCAUCCCAAACACUUGGGACAGACCCCUCAGACCCGAACCGCGGCGGCGAUCCGGAUGACCCGAAUUCUGUGACUGAUGAGAAUUUGGAACCAUUCACAAGAGCAACAGAUACUACUGGUCCAGUAUCAGUUGAAAACCAUCCAAAUCUAGAUCUUCUGCCAAUAAAUUGUGGGAAUAUCGAAAGUGACCGGAUUUGGGGAGGCAACAGGACACGACUGUAUGAAAUGCCAUGGAUGGUGCUUUUAUCAUAUAAUUCAGGCCGAGGAACGAAGUUGAGUUGUGGUGGUUCACUUAUCAACGAAUGGUAUGUUCUGACUGCUGCUCACUGUGUCGCCUUCCUCGGCAGCAGACUGAGACUUGACGGGGUCAUCCUCGGCGAAUAUGACGUCAGACAAGAUCCUGACUGCGAGAUGUCUGAUGGAAGAAAAUACUGUGCUCCUCAAGUGACGAACAUGACAGUAGAUACAGUUAUCGCUCACCCUGGAUACACUCCUCAAACGCUGGUGGAUGAUAUAGCUUUAAUUCGACUUAAGAAUCCCGCAGACUUUACUUUGAAUAGUAUGAAACCUCUCUGCUUACCAAUCACCCGGGAUCUCCAGAGAGAGUCAUUGCCCGGUUUGAACGGUGUGGUGGCGGGGUGGGGCGUGACAGAAGACGGCUUGCAGUCUCCCAUUCUGCUGAGCGUUGAACUUCCUAUUAUCACACAAAAGGAGUGCCAUGACGCUUAUCGAGGAACCCCUCGAGUAAAAGAUACUCAACUAUGCGCCGGUGGGGUUAAGGACAAGGACUCUUGCGGCGGAGACUCCGGGGGUCCUCUCAUGUACCCCGGCAAGCUUGGCACCCACGGUGUCCGGUAUAUCCAACGGGGGAUCGUGUCCUUCGGGCCCAAGCGAUGCGGUAUCGGCGGCUUCCCCGGCGUCUACACCAACGUAGCUUACUACAUGGACUGGAUUCUUGACAAUAUGCAUAGCUGAUGAUACCGAUUUAUUUAGGACUGAUGACUAAUCUCAAUGUGUCAUGUUCUCGCCGAAUACGGCACUGCUAAAGAGGUGGAUGGGCCGAAAUCUAUUUCGAAGCUCAGCUUGACUAGGACUUUUGGUUUUAUUAAUUCUUGGGAAAUGUUCCUCAGACCCAAUCAAGUGAACUGUUGACCCAGUCGCUUGACAUUCUAAAGCUAAAACGGUUUCCGCUUUUGCGAGUCUACUAAGUCAGUGUCUUAACUCUGAAACGCAAUUAAAGUAAUGUCUAAGAUAUGUUGCACACUUAUUAGUAUAAAAAAACAGUGUCUGUUUAUUAAGACGUAGAAACACGAGGUUGUUUGUUUUGGGUUUUUUGUAUGUGUGUCGCAUUUAUUUUGCAAAGUUGUCCCAAGAAUGUGAUGUGAACUGCCUUUAUGUUAAUUUUAUAUGCUCUUCGUCAUAAUUUAUGAAGUCUCCCUGACUAGUCUUAUAGGUAUUUUAAUUUUAAAUCACAUAUACAGUGCGUGAUUAAAUGAUAUUGUAAAACAAUGUCCUUAUUGAGUUUACGUAAGUCGAAAUAAUUAUGAUAAUGUAUAAAAACUAUUGACUGCU